UGGCAACGUGUGGAGGGGGAGGUGAAGCUGAAACUGCUUCUCUUGGAUCAUUUGUCAAGAGACAGACAAAAUAUGGAAGCACUUCGAAUCGUGUUGUUCGAAGAGAAAAAUGUAUUAAACAUGUCGUAAAGCAAACUGAUACUUUGCAAGGUCUUGCUCUUCAUUAUGGAGUUACUAUGGAACACAUUAAGCGGAUCAAUAAACUCUGGACAACAGAUAGUUUAUUUUUGAGGACCACCUUAGACAUUCCAGUUCCUGCUGAAUCAUCUCCUUCCAGUUCUGACAUUGAAACACCGGGUGCUAGCCCAUCGGGAACAUCAGAAGAAAGUUUUAACCACGUAACUCGGGCAGAAGAGUCCACGUCAGAGGGAGUACUUAUAUCACCGGUGAAAGACUGCUUCCAAAGUCUAGAACAGGUUUCAGAUCGUACAGAUUCCCCCGAAGAAGAAAGUACAGCUGACUUCCUUAUACGUAUUGACAGUUCCAUAGCUAAGUCGAAGGAUAAAGCAAGAACCUUGGAGAAAAAUAUCCU